AUGAUCAUGAUCAUGGCUGCGUCGCUGUUUUACACGAUGCCAGCUGCUUCUCGAGGAGGAACCCCAUCCCCAUCCCCAUCCCAAUCUCCUUCAGCCCCUCCACCGCCAGGCAUCACAAAUCAUUGGAUCUCGGCUUCGAUCAGAAUCUUAAAUCUAAUAAACUCAACUUACAGAAUGAAGGUCUUUGUGUGCUUGUUGGCGUCCCUGGCUCUGGUCAAUGCCGGUGGCCUCCGCGGUGGUGCAGGUGGUGCAGGUGGCGGCUAUCUGCCCGGUGGAGGACGUGGUGGUGGCGCCGGAGGAUUCGGUGGCCGCCCUGCCAUUGGAGCUGGCCUGGUGUCCCACGUCUCGCAGUCGCAGGGCAACACUAAGGUCCACAUUGGCGGUGGCUCCGCUGGCGGUGCUGCCGCAUACGGCGGUGGUGCUGGAGCUGCUUAUGGCGGUGGUGCUGCAGCCUCAUACGGCGGUGGUGCAGCCUCUUAUGGCGGUGGACGUGGAGCUGGUGGCUGGCAAGGAGCUGGAGCUGGUCGUGGUGGUGCUGGUGGAGCAGGAGGCUGGCAGGGUGGUGCCGGAGGAGCUGGAGCCGGCAACGCCUGGGGCAACCCCGCUGAGUUCGAUUACACGGUCAACCACGCUUCCGGCGGUGCUGGUGGUGCCGGUGGUGCAGGUGGCGCCUACGGUGCUGCUGCUGGUGCCCGCGGCGGUGCUGGCUGGUGGAACGAUUAA